CGCGAUAGGUAGGGACGAGAGUCUGCGAUGGUGACCCACAGCGCCCGCCGUGCUUCGUCAUACUUGCUCUUUGCCGCACACUCCACUAGGGUCGCCUGCACUCGUACUGGCUAUAGAAUCAGGCUCAGGCUGGGCUUACUAAGACAUACUUGUCCCUCACAAAACCUUGCCUGGAAACUGAACUAGUCCGUGGCGGCACCUGCGAACUGUGGUCAUGUCGAGUGACGGAAGCGACCUAGCUACCACGACGACUGCGGCGGAGAAGGCGAUGAAAAAGAGGCGGGUGCGGGCAUGCGACCAGUGUAGACGACGAAAAGUCAAAUGCGACGGAGCUGAGGUGAACGGGAGUCGGUGUACGAACUGUGUGUCGUUCAAGUAUCAAUGCACAUACGUCGCGGGUACAGACAAGCGCUUUUGCGACGUCGAAUACGUCCAGAAUCUGGAAAAAGAGCUGACAGAGGUCCGGCUGCUGGUCCGCAAGCUGCAAUACGAGAUCCAUGCACUCCGGAAUGUGUCCAGCAAUCCGUCAGAAUUCACAAACUCAGCGGUAUCCUCCAGCGCGUGGCAAACCGCAUCUGGCCUACCACGCACGGCACGCCUUACUCCAGAUGCAGAAGACUUACUGGGCGAAGACACAGACGAAGAAAUUCUCGUCGAAGGUUUCAAGAGCCUAAACGUCAAGACUGAGGAGACACACUUCCUUGGUCGGGAGAGCAACCUCAUGCUAAUCCGGAAAGCAAUCGACCUGAAGCAGGAGUACUCACAGUCGCCAGAGAACUCGUCCCCAGACAGGGAGAGUGGAGCACUGUCGUCUCAGCGUCCGGAAUUUUGGGAUGAUGCCACCAUCCUCAUCAAGCCCGACCCGCCCUACGAAACCUUCCCGGAGCCGCCGCUCAUGUUCGAGCUCAUCGACGAGUUCUUCCUACACCUGAACUCCAACUUCCCGCUCCUGCACCGGCCGACGCUCGAGGCCGGGAUCCGGGCGGGCCUGCACCGCGCAGACGAGGGCUUCGGCGCGACCGUCCUGCUCGUGUGCGCCAUCGGGGCGCGCUUCUCGUCGAACCCCGCCGUGCUCGUCGACGGCGCGCGGAACUGGCACUGGGCGGGCUGGCCGUGGUUCGCGCAGGUCCGCGACCGCCGCAAGCUCGUGCCGCUCGCUGCCGUGCGGCUGUACGACCUGCAGGUCACCACGCUCCUCGCGGCGUACGUCGCGGCGACGGCGGUGCCGUAUGCGAUGUAUUCCAUCGUAGGCUACGGGCUGCGGCUUGCGCAGGACUUGGGUGCACAUCGCCGCACGACGUACCCCGCGACGCCCACUGUGGAGAGUGAACUCAAGAAGCGGGCAUUCUGGUGCUUGGUGGCCAUGGAUAGAGGUAUGUGUGGCUCGCUGGGAAGACCAUGUACUGUUCAAGAUGAAGACUUCGAUCUGGACUUGCCCAUCGAAUGCGAUGACGAGUAUUGGGUUACCGAAGACCCGGCGCUUGCAUUCAAGCAGCCUCCAGGCAAACCAUCUAAAGUGUCGUUCUUCGUACGCAUCCUGCGGCUGGGAAGCCUCCACGCAUAUACUCUUCGAAACCUUUACUCGCUCCGUGCGAUGGCCAGAGUGCGCUCGGAUCCUCAGUGGGCGCAACAGCUUGUUUCCGAGCUCGACUCAGAGCUGAACAAGUGGGUUGACUCGAUACCGGAUCAUCUCAAAUGGGACGCGGACCAGUCCAGUCUACUCUUCGUGAACCAGUCCGCGCUGCUCUACCCGGCAUACUACGGGUUACAGAUCGCUGUGCACCGGCCAUUCAUACCUAUGCCUCGCAAGCCUUCGCCUCUGUCCUUCCCCUCGCUCGCCAUAUGCACGAACGCCGCGAGAUCGACGAUACACGUCUUGGACAAGCAUUAUACUCGGCUCGGCACCGCACUCUUCCACCACUGGCACCAGUUGUCCCUGAUCACUGCGGCGAUCAUAUUGCUGCUGAACAUAUGGUACAGCAAGCACACCGGGUUGUCGGUCGACAUCGCGAAGGAAAUGCAGGAUGUUAAGAAAGCGCUAAAUAUGCUGCAGGCUUUGGAGUCGAGAUGGAACACCGCUGGGCGAUUCUGGGAUAUCCUGCACGACCUGGCUAACUUCGUCGAUGUUCCUGGGCAGCAGAAGGAUCCCCUGCACCAAAAGCGCAGGCGCGAAGACGACGGCAACAGCAGCAGCGCGGAGCAAGACGCUUCGUUCCAAGCCUCCGGCGCGCCCCAUCCGUCUCGCGACAUUGCAGGCUCGAGACGCGCGGAACAGUACCAGCAGUCUGCCCUGUCUCCUGGCGCGACUUCAGGUGCCCCUGCCUUCUCCGCAACCGAAUUUGACUUUACACUUCCCGUGCACAGCGACGAACUCGGCCGGCUGCCGUGCGCGGGUGAAUUCGACUUCACUGACAUGUCGACGCAGGAGACGUGGCAGCCGUUGGAGGACAUGGCAUUCACUGCGAGUCAGCCCUUCGAUACAUCGAUGCGGAUGGGUAGUGUACCGCAGGGUGCAGGCACGAAUCUGGACCUUGACGCGAUCUUCUCCGACCUCCUCCCCGUGGCGUCCUACGAAGACGCGUUCGCUGCGCUCACGCAGACCGCGCCGCAGUACCCAGCCCCGUUCUUUGCGAGGCCGGUACAGCCCGGCUCGUCAACGCUACCGUCGCAUCCUGCGUUCCAUGCCGCGCCCGGGCCGUCCGCUGGUACGUCAGGCGCACCGCUUGCGGAGGCCGGGCCGCCAUUGUGGGGUGCAGGACCUGGAGGCUCAUCAUGGAAUUCGAGUCAGUAUCUGCCUCCAAAUGGUGGGUUCUCACAUAGAACCGGGAGCAUGUGACGUAUACAAGGCAGUGACACGCGGGAGCUCUCAUAAAUGAUAUAAUCUACGCUUUGACGGCAUGUACA